AUGUUAGAUGAAUGCGUAAAGGCUCUUCUGAUUAAUGCCCUAAAGGCUGCAGUCUUGUAUGAGCUCGGAUCACAGGACCCGGUCGGAAUAUAUGAUGAUGUGGAUCCAGUGGACGUCCUGAAAUUUGGUCCAGCGUUCGCACUACCCCCUCGAAAGAAUGACGCAAGGAGCCUCAUCCCGGAUCUGGAAAUCCUCUUACGGGGCCUAACGGAUAGACAAAAGGAGUACUAUCGCUGGAUGGCCACUCUGAAGAUCAGGAAUUCUAAGGAGUCUUCGGAACUUGUAGAUCUGAGAAACAAACUCCGACGUACGGUCAGAUGGAUGAAACUAAAUAACAUCACUCUUGUCAGAGCGGAUAAAACCAAUACCAUGGUUCUCAUGAAACGCGACACCUACGAAAGGGGCCUACAGGAAUACAUUUCACUCACCCAAUGCGAGAGAGUGGAGGAAAGUUUUAUCGACAAGCUUCAUUCCAGAGUCAAGCGUUUCACUCACACCAAUCUAGCUAAACGCUUAGAGCUUGUCAACGUGGCCGUUGACUCCCCCGACAUACCGAAAUUGUUCGCCUUUGCGAAGACUCAUAAAACUGGCCAACAGCUCCGCCCGGUGGUGGAUAAAGCUAGGGCGCCUACUCGUAAGCUGGAGAAAGCCAUCCACACCCUUCUUACACCACACUUGGAAGAUUACCCGUAUACCAUCUCUAGCUCUAUGGAGCUUAUAGCACAGUUGAAAAAUGUCACUUCACCCUGUUACUUCACCGUAUUGGACUUUAAGUCCCUCUACCCCUCCAUUGAGCUCCCUCCAGCAUUCUGUGCACUCAGAGACAUCCUAUUUCGUAUUGUCGGGGACCGAACUUUACACAACCAAGUGCUAGAAGUGGCGCACCUAAUUUGUUAUAAUUCGGUAUUUCAAUUUAACGGCAAGAUCUACACACAGAGUAAAGGGGUCCCCAUGGGCAGUCCGGUUUCUGGGGACCUAUGUGAAAUGGUGGUACGGCAAUUAGAAGACAAGGUCCUUCCUCAAUACCUCCACAACAUCAAAUUAUAUAGGAGGUAUAUAGAUGACAUCUUCAUUAUCUGGAAAACAACGCCGGAUACAACAACAUUUGUCGAUUCUUUCAACAAUAACCCGUUCGGGUUGACUCUGGAAAUAGAGCAAUCUCACCCAUCUGAAGUACACUUUCUGGAUAUAAGCGUUAAGGUCGAUAGCUCGGGAAUCAAUACGUCGGUAUAUCAUAAACCUGGAUCCACAUCAUCAUAUAUUCCGACCGGGUCCUGUGAUCCGAGCUCAUACAAGACUGCAGCCUUUAGGGCAUUAAUCAGAAGAGCCUUUACGCAUUCAUCUAACAUCCAGGCUCGCGAUACCGAACUAGCCUACAUACUCCGCGUUGCCGCCCAACACGGGUAUCACAAACAUAUCCAUAGGCUAAUACAACAUCAACAACGUAUAUAUUCGGAGAGUGUACAAGAAUCGGACCAACUCCGUGACGGCCGGCCUGAAGAAAUAGAGCGUAUCUCCAUCACAUACAACCCGUACUUAAAAUCUCUAUACGCUAAGCUUGCCAGCAAACGUCAGCUACGUCUAGCUUUUAAGAGGUGUCCCACCAUCUUCAACCUCUUACGUAAUGGAAAGGACCCUCCUAACCCCAUCAGACGCCCUGGAAUCUAUAGCAUCCCAGUGAAGGACAACAGGUGCGAUAGGAACCUGAUUUAUAUAGGCUCCACUAAACGAUCUCUGGGAGUCAGAAUACAAGAGCAUCUAGCCGAUAUUCGGCACGGAAGAACUUCCACGGCCCUCGCUACGUAUGUAACUGAUCCGGAUAUAGUAGCGAACUUCUCCCAGGCCAUUCUCCUCCAUGAUUCGCCUCCUAUCGAACACCUCAAAUGGCUAGAGGCUAUGCACAUAUUUAUAUCCUCCACCAACAACACGUGCAUAAAUUUUAAAGAGGAGAUGCUGUUAUCGAUGGCCUGGCAUGAGUUAAUUCACAACACGCUCUAA